UCGUGCACACGAAAUAGUUCAUUAGAGUAGUUUGUGCACACAAACUAGUUUUUUCCCCCUCAUGUCAUGUCUGGGGCUCCGUAUUAAAUAAUAGGAGGUUGUGAAAUGGGUUCAUCCGGACCCACACUCCUUUUCGGAAGGUGGCGCUAAUUUGCCAACCGAGAAGAAGAACUUCCGCUGCUGCUCGACUUCUGUGUACGUUUUAGCUUGACCGAAUCACAACCAAUUCUUACCGAACGAACCGAAGCCUCGACACAAUACGUCCAUCGCUGCUUUAAAGCACUAAAACGUCAUUCAUUUCAUUUAAUGUCCGGUUAAAUUCCUCUCGGUGCGCCUUGAAGCUUCUCGGCCUCGUUAGCUUAGCUUAGCUUAGCUUAGCUAAGCUAGCUAGCCGCGCGAACAAAGAGACGCGUUUGUUUUUGUCGUCAGCAUAUCGCCAGACAGAGAUGAUCAAGUGUGGACGCUGCGGAACGAUCGAGUAGAAAUGUGCGCGAACGCGCCGGCAGAGAACGCGGAGGGACUUUGUGCAAUAAAAGAGGAGGACGAGCGUGGAGUUGUGCUGCGGACACGGACACUGGCUGACGUCAGUGAAGAAUGUCUUCAUCCUGAGCAACAGGAGCCAGAGUCGUCCUGCGUUAAAGAAGAGGAGGAAGCGACGGAAGCCCCCCACAUCAAAGAGGAGGAGGAGGAGGAAGAGAUCACCAAGACACCAUUGACCUUCGUCCCUUUGAAGAUUGAAGUUGAGGGUCAAAGUGAGGAGAGCAUAGAGGCGGAGCCUCCAAGCAGCAGCUCCAGUCGACGCGUGAAAACAGAAGGUGACGGAGACCAACGUGGACCGACACAAAUCGACGGCCUCAUGGCGCCGCUAUCAGACAGCGACGACGUAACGUCACACUCUCCUGACACUGAGGAUGAUGAUGGCGAAGGGGAUAUGGCACGUCGCAACAAAUGCUGGGAAUGUUCGCAGUGCGGGAAAACUUUUAGUUCAACGAGGACCUUGCACGCUCACGCAAGAACACACACUCGAGAGAAACCCUUUGCCUGUUCAGUUUGCGGUAAAAGCUUCGCUCUAAAGAAACAUUUAACAGGACACGCAAGAAUACACACUGGAGAGAAACCUUUUGCCUGCGCAGUUUGUGGGAAACGCUUCUCUGUAAAGUCGACUUUAACAACGCACACACGAACACACACGGGAGAAAAACCUUUUGCCUGUUUAUUUUGUGGUAAAGGCUUCUCUGUAAAGAAACAUUUGACAGGGCACACAAGAAUACACACUGGCGAGAAGCCUUUUGCCUGCUCAAUUUGUGGUAAAAGCUUCUCGGUCAAGUCAACUUUAACAACGCACACCAGAACACACACAGGCGAAAGACCUUUUGCGUGCUCGGUUUGUGAUAAAAGCUUCACUAUAAAGUCAAGCUUAACAAAACACACACGAACACAUACUGGUGAGAAACCUUUUGCGUGUUCAGUUUGUGGCGAAAGAUUCACUGAAAAAGGCACUCUGGGAAGACACACAAGAACACACACGGGCGAAAAACCUUUUGCCUGCCCGGUUUGUGAUAAAAGCUUCUCCGUAAAGUCAAGUUUAACAAAACACAGGAGAAAAACCUGUUGCCUGCUCACUUUGGAAUAAAAGCUCUGCAAAGUCAA